CCUAAAACAGUGAACCGUAAAACCAGUUUAAGGCGUGCUGUCGCGAAUAUUAAACGUCAGUGGAGUACUGUGUGAAUUUGUUUACCAACUUCAUUUGGACAAACUCUUUAUUAACUAAAAUAAUGACGGGAGAGUCGUUAGUUCGAGCAUUUUACAGUGGAAAGAAUUUUUUUAUUACUGGCGGCACGGGAUUCGUAGGUUUGUGCCUUAUUGAGAAAAUACUGAGAUGUAUACCAGAUUCUGGAAAAAUAUAUUUGCUAAUGCGGCCGAAGAAGGGCAAGGAGAUAUCAGAGAGAUUGAAUGAGUUUCCUGGUCAUCCUGUCUUCGAAAAAUUGCUAGAAAACCACUCAAAAGACAUUUUCAAUAAACUUAUCCCAGUUUCUGGAGAUGUAGGUGUAGAGGACUUAGGUUUAUCUCCAGAAGAUCGGCAGCUUCUUGUAGAUAAUGUAAAUGUGGUGAUACAUUCAGCAGCUACCCUUGAUUUUGAAGAGGGCUUGAAACCAACUGUCAAGAUUAAUGUAUUAGGGACAAAGAGAAUUUUAGAAUUGUGUAAACAGAUUAAAGAUUUGAAGGUAAUGGUGCAUGUAUCCUCGGCCUAUGUUAACUCGUUUUUAAAAGAAGCUGAAGAAAAAAUAUAUGAAACUCCAGGUGAUGUUGACAGUGUGAUUAAUCUUGUUAACCGCUUGUCUGAUGAAGCUUUGGAAGAUAUGGAGAAGACCAUCCUUCGUGGACACCCAAAUACGUACACAUUCACAAAGCACCUUGCAGAACAUGAAGUUAAGAACUGCUCAAAUCUAUUCCCUUGUACAAUUGUCCGGCCUUCUAUGAUUGUGGCAUCCUGGAAAGAACCUGUGAUUGGCUGGACUUGUUCAAAAGUUGGACCCCAAGGAUUUCUUAUGGGAGCCGCUAAAGGUGUUGUCCGUCGGUUACCCCUCUCAACAGAAAACAUAGCUGAUUAUAUUCCAGUUGAUGUGGUUAUUAACCAACUACUUGUAGCAGGAUGGCACGCUGCUAAACAGAAGUCAGGUCUAACAGUUUACCACUGUACGACUUCAACACAGAAUCCUUUCCGUUGGAAUAUGCUGAACUCUGUUGUCAAUGAAAUGCUUCACAAUUACCCACUUAAGAGUGCUGUCUGGUACCCGCAUUUACAAUUUGUUCCAUCGCUCUUCCUCUUCCGUAUAUCGGCCAUCUUUGUUCAUUUCUUUCCCGCCAUUUUGCUCGACAUGUUACUAAGGAUUACUGGAGGCAAGCCCAUACUAUUCCGUCUACACAAAAAUGUCUGGAAUUCCCUGGCUCGUUUGGAAACAUUCAUUUUCUCCGAAUGGAGGUUCCAUAAUCCUAAUACAAGGGAAUUAGCGACGCAGCUUAAUAGUGUGGAUGAGGAUUUGUUCUAUAUUAAUAUAUCUUCUAUAUAUUGGAUAGAAUACUUUGUGAAUCUCCAUUUGGGAGUGAGAAGAUAUUUGAACAAAGAGAGUGAGAAGUCAAUUCCUGCCGCAAAAACUAAAGACGCCAUAUUAAAAGUCGUCCAUAUUUUAUGGCAAGUUAUGAUUAUAGUCUUGCUGUGGUUCAUUUUUGCCGCCAUUUUUGGCUUCACAAUGCUCCAGAGUUGUUGGGCUCCGGCGAUUAUCUACUACUUGUACACGUUGCUAUAGUAACAUAUAUCAGUAUUAAAUUGUUACACAAUCAAAUUUAGGAGAUUUUUAAUUGUGUAUUGAGAGAUGUUUGUAUGUCUUAAAUUAUUCAGAUCGAUUUACAAAAGCAAGACUUGUUCUUAGAUGCACCAAUUGUUGUCUAUAUAAGUGAAUUCAAACCUUAAUUGUAAAUGGUGGAGGUUCACUAUAAAAGAUAAUUUUCAAUAAUUCCUACUGAACAUAUAUUAUCUUUAAUCUUUUUAUAAUAUUAUAUUAUCUAUGUACUUUCAUUUAAAUGAUGAAACAUUAAUUAAUUUAAGUGUUAUGUUAUACUCGUAAUAGUCCAGUCAGUCAAG